CCCCUUCUCCCCUUCCCUUAACUACGUCGCUGCACCGGCUCUCUCCACCCGCCCCCCCCACCAUCACCGUUACUAUUAUUAAUCGCCACUGACGGCGAGGCAAGCAUGCUCAAGUUUGUCUCCCUGCUGCUGGCCGCGGAGCUGCACCUCGCCCUGGCUCAGCCGCCGCCGCCUCCGGCGGCACCUGCCGACGACCAAGCGCCGCCGCCGCCCGGCGCCCCGCGGCCGCCCCGGCCGGGCCCUGCCCCCGGGCCGCCCCGCCGCCCCCCGCCGCCCCGCGGCGCCAGCGGCGUCGUGCGGCGCCUCGACCCGACCUAUGCGGGGGGCGGCAAGGCGGGAUACGUGCUGUACGCCGGCGGGCAGCGCUUCCUCCUCGACCUGGAGCGCGAUGCGGCGGCGGGCGCCGGCGGCCCGGCGCGCUGCCGCUACCGCGGCACGGUGGACGGCAGCCCCCGCUCGCUGGCCGUCUUCAACCUCUGCGGCGGCCUCGACGGCUACUUCGCUGUGCGCCGCGCCCGCUACAUCGUGCGGCCGGCGCGGCCGCGCCGCUCCGCGCCCGGCCCCCCGCGCAUCUACGGCGAGGGCCCGGCCCGCGCCCCGCACCUCUUCCGCCGCCACCGCUUCAGCUUCGAGACCGUGCCGGCCCGCCCCAGCUGCGGCACCCGCGACCCGGCCCGGCCCCCGGCGGCGGCGGCGGCGCGCGGCGGCCCGCCGGGGCGGCGGCGGCGGCGGCGCUCGGUGUCGCGGGCCCGGCAGGUGGAGCUGCUGCUGGUGGCCGACGCCUCCAUGGGGCGGCAGUACGGCAAGGGGCUGCAGCACUACCUGCUCACGCUGGCCACCAUCGCCUCGCGGCUCUACGCCCACGCCAGCCUGGAGAACCACGUGCGGCUGGCCGUGGUGAAGGUGGUGGCGCUGGGCGAGAAGGACAAGGGGCUGGAGGUCACCAGGAACGCCGCCGCCACUCUCAAGAACUUCUGCAAGUGGCAGCACCAGCACAACCGCCUCGAUGACGACCACGACGAGCACUACGACGCCGCCAUCCUCUUCACCCGCGAGGAUUUAUGUGGGCAUCAUUCAUGUGAUACUCUGGGAAUGGCAGACGUUGGGACCAUAUGCUCUCCUGAGCGCAGCUGUGCAGUGAUUGAAGAUGACGGCCUCCAUGCAGCUUUUACAGUGGCUCAUGAAAUUGGGCACUUGCUUGGACUUUCCCACGAUGACUCCAAAUUUUGUGAGGAGAACUUUGGCUCCAUGGAAGACAAGCGCUUGAUGUCCUCCAUUCUCACUAGCAUUGAUGCUUCCAAACCCUGGUCCAAAUGCACUUCAGCAACAAUAACAGAAUUUUUCGAUGAUGGUCAUGGCAACUGUUUGCUGGACCAACCAAGAAAGCAGAUCUUGGGCCCCGAGGAGCUUCCAGGACAGACUUACGAUGCCAUUCGUCAGUGCAAACUGGCGUUCGGACCCGAGUACACCGUGUGUCCUGGUAUGGAUGUGUGCUCUCGCCUGUGGUGUGCAGUUGUUCGCCAGGGUCAGAUGGUCUGUCUGACUAAGAAGCUGCCUGCUGUGGAGGGGACACCAUGCGGAAAAGGGAGGAUCUGCCUCCAGGGAAAAUGCGUUGACAAAACCAAGAAGAAAUAUUACUCGGCUUCAAACCAUGGUAACUGGGGGUCCUGGGGACCUUGGGGACAGUGUUCCCGUACCUGUGGUGGAGGAGUUCAGUUUGCUUAUCGUCACUGCAACAACCCAGCUCCCAGAAACAACGGCAGGUACUGCACCGGCAAGAGGGCCAUCUAUCGCUCCUGCAACGUCACACCUUGCCCAGCAAAUGCUAAAUCUUUUCGACAAGAGCAGUGUGAAGCAAGAAAUGGCUAUCAAUCUGAUGCAAAGGGUGUCAAAACAUUUGUUGAAUGGGUCCCCAAAUAUGCUGGAGUACUUCCUGGAGAUGUUUGCAAGCUCACCUGCCGAGCCAAAGGAACUGGCUAUUACGUGGUGUUUUCUCAAAAGGUAACUGAUGGAACUGAAUGCAGGCCGUACAGUAAUUCAGUCUGUGUCCGGGGAAAAUGCAUCCGAACUGGUUGUGACGGCAUCAUUGGUUCAAAGCUCCAAUAUGAUAAGUGCGGUGUUUGUGGAGGAGACAAUUCCAGCUGCACAAAAGUCAUGGGGACCUUUACCAAAAAGAGUAAGGGCUACACAGACAUAGUGAAAAUCCCAGAAGGGGCAACUCACAUCAAAGUUCGGCAGUUCAAGAUUAAGGACCAGAGCAGGUUCACUGCCUACCUGGCACUGAAAAAGAAAAAUGGUGAGUACCUCGUAAAUGGAAAAUAUAUGAUUUCCACCUCAGAAACAAUCAUUGACAUCAACGGGACUGUCAUGAACUAUAGCGGCUGGAGUCACAAAGAUGAUUUCUUGCAUGCAAUGGGACAUUCUGCCACAAAAGAGAUUCUUAUUGUGCAGAUACUUGCAACUGAUCCAACUCAACCCGUGGAUGUCCGUUAUAGUUUCUUUGUGCCAAAGAAGCAAGGGCAAAUGACUAACUCCGUCACCAGCAAUGGCAACACCAACAAAGUAACUCCGCAGCUCAUGCAGCCGCGGUGGGUUACUGGACCAUGGCUUUCUUGUUCUCGAACGUGCGACACAGGAUGGCACACCAGGACUGUCCAAUGCAAAGACGGGCAUGGAAAAUUAGCUAAAGGAUGUCUCCUCUCACAGAGACCAUCAGCAUUUAAACAGUGCUUGCUAAAAAAGUGUUAACCUGUGGUUGUGAUCUUCUUUAAAAGAGGUUUGAUUAAGCCAUCGUUGACAUACUGGUAUUAGGUGUGCCCAGUCAGAGAGAAGCCAAGGCUUCAGUGUACUUACAUACAGUCUCAAAUUAUGGGCAGAAUCUGCCUAUUCGGACCAAAUGAAGAUGUGCACUGCUUUAAAUAAUAGUAGGGUGAUCUUGAUAUGUCAGAAAACUAAGCAUUAAAGUUAUAAGCCCUCUGUGUCUGCAAAAAUAUAAAACAAAGAAAAAAGAAGAAAAACCAGUGAAUGGAGGAUCCUGGGAUAUUUGAAGGUUACAGAAUCAUCUCCCCUUUUUCACCUACCUCUAAUACAGUAUGUCCUUAGAAAACGUCACACGUAUCCAUGAUACCACAGUAGCUUAUUUUAUACUGUUUUGUAAAUAUCUUUCAUUUGGUAUGUCACUUUAUAUCACUGGUUCUAUUAAAAAAAAAUCAAAAAACAAACUAUAUAAGCAAAGUGAUUGACCAAAGUAUAUCUGCAGCCAUUGGACUUGGUCCGUUCUUCAGAAAUGGCUGUGGAUGUUUUACUGGAAAAUGAAAAGCUUGCUGCUGUUUUUAAAAAGUAUUUUGUUUUUUGACAACAGGAAGUGCAUUUACAUUCUAGGAAUUUCCUGACAGCAGAUCAUAAUUCUGUGACAAUGUGUUUCCACCGAUAAAUUCUCAAAAGGAGCAUUGCAGCAGCUUGUGGACCAGGGAUCCCCACAUGUAUGUUGUUCAAGUACCAGCACCAUCAGCAACUCCUGACUGUGUGUCAGACAUACACAGGAGGAGGCUUUUGGCUGCUUAGCAGGGAUUUGUGUACACUUUGCCCGUGUGAACCUUUCACUCGUUCUGGGCAUGUCACAGCUAGGGGACCUUGUUGUAGAUGAGCAAUAGCUGCUAGCUCCUUCUUUCCAUAAAACAAAGGCAUACUGUAUUUUGUAGAAACAAGUUAGAGAACCAAAAAUUACAAGUAAGAUAACCAAGUGUCUUCUAACUCAGAUGUUCUGAGACUAUGUUCAACUGCUUUCUCUGUUAUUUUCUCUAUGGCUUCCACCUUGAAUCUAACAAUGUGUAAUGCGCCUACAUCUUUUGAAGAGGCUAUAAAGGUCAAAAAACACAGCAAGCAGUUAAUAUUUUAUCACUGUUUUGUCCAUCAUGUCUAACCAUGGUAUUCAUCUUACCAGCAACUGUUUGUAACUAUUUGUCUUUCGGGUUUUUUUUGGUUUUUGUUUUUUUUAAACUGUAGAAGUCAUUCAUGUUUUGUAUAUCUACCACAGGGGUAGCUAGGAAGUCAAACCACAUCAGGAUGUGGUGGACUUACCCAAUAUUAAUAAGACUGUUUCCACAGUACGGGCAGUAGCUGGGAACAAUUUUUUUUGGCAACAACUUCUGAAUCCCAUUAUUGCCUGGUAGAAUGUCUGCGACUGAGGAAGGGCAUCUCACCAUAUGCAGGUGGCAGGUGGAGGCCUGAUAGGAGCCCUACCAAAACUGCUUCCUUUUAUUUCAGCAGGUUUUGAAUUAAGCCCUAGAAUAACAGGUAUUGAAAGAAAUGCAUAUAACAUGCUGCUGAAAAUACAAACCUGUAUUUUAUUCCCCAGAUCAUCCACAUAGGAGAAUAUGAGGCUGCAGGAGGAUUUUCAGAUAAACCUCGCAGCUGCAAGUCAGUGGUACAUGAGCAUUGAACAUCCCUAGGGUCUUUUCAAAAAUCCUAGUUAUGAAGUCAGUAAAGAACUUGUUGGUUUCUGUAGCAAAAAGGGCAGAUUUCACCCCAGGCUGACACAAACAUGUUUUUGCAACUGUGGCGUGUUUGUAUGAACUCUAGAAAGCAUGUGAUGAUUUCAAAAUAGCAGAGCAUUGCUACAUCUUCAAGGGUGAAACCUGCAGAAGUAUCUAUUUUUGUACUCUAUUCUAAGUAAACAAUAAUAGGGACAGGCCCUCCUAGUUUGUCAAAAUGAAUUACGAAGGAACAUUACUAGUCAUCUUCACCUUUCACAAGUAGUAUGCCUUCUUGUCAGGUGUAGUCCUAUGCAAAGCUGUGGAUCUUGAGGAAAUUUCCCCAGUUAAUCACUGAUGCCACCAUUGCAACUUAGAUCAAUGCUCUGAAUAUUUUCAGAGUUUCAGAAAGUUAGAUUUUAUCCCUUCUCUACCUAUUAGCAUAGGUAUCUUCUAUUGAGUGUCUUAUUUUCCUUCCCAGCAAUCUGACUUUUAUACUUAAAUAUAUAUUUCACAUGUUCUCAAAUGUUUCAAAAUUUCAUAGCACAGAGAACCAUCAUGAGAGGAAAAAUAAGGAGACUUAAUGUUUACUCAUAGACUUAACAUUUGUCUCAGCAUAUAACUGCUGUAUUAAGUGGCAUUUAUUUUACCUGCAUUUUAGCAUUAUAGAGACAAAAUGUGCAAGUAUUUGUGUUUGCAUCAUAGUUAUAAUUUAUUACCUAUUCAACAGGAUGAGUAAAGUUUUUGGAUGUUAUUCAGGCUCCAGAAGAUUAAUACCAUAAACGGGUAUAAACUUAAAGCUUUCUUUGGUGAAGAGUAUCUUUUUCAUAAAAAGAGUUUAUAAGAAGUAAAGAAAUAUGAGAACAAACCACUACAGUGAUUCUUUUCCCCUUUUCACCGAUGUGGUUGUGAAGCACAUUAACAUGAGCAUAAAGAAGUUUAUAUGGUGAGAGGGCAAAAGGGGCAGCGCAAAGAAAGCAACCAUAAAAGUAGAUGGUAAAUAGCGUGCUCUAUUUUACACUUGCUUUUUAGCUGUUCUUUGUAAAAAAGACUCCAAUUCCAAGCCUGGUCAUUGAGAGCUGUUUCAUUUAACUGCUGAAUGAAAAAUUGGUGCACAGUAUGUGACUUUGUCCUUGCAGCUUGUGUUCUGAACUCGAUUCCUCAUUACUCACACUGUUAUGUCACUGUUUACAUUAGCACCGCGGGUUACCAAACAGGAUUCAUAGAAUGCUUCUAGGGGAGAGCAACACUUUAAGCAGCCCACAGGAUGGCUCUUUGCAUGGAAGCAAAUCAUCCGCAGUGUUAAAUUCACUGCUGAUUAUUUGGGAGCCAUCCCCAAUGCCUUGAGUGGAGUUGGACCCACUAGCAUUAGUGUUUUGUAGAGCAUCUGCCUUUCGAAUAAGAGGUUCACAUUUGGAGAAAGCCUAUCCUCUUUGGUCUGGCUGUAGACAAGCAAUUAAAUUUAGCUGCCCUUCUGUGGAAACAGUUUUAUCACAAGGGGGAGAGGGAGUAAUCUUGUGGAUUAAUCACAAAUGUAAAAAAAAAAAAAAAAAAAAAAAGCAACACAGCACUGAAAAAAAUAAAAUAAUUUAUUGUUUUUACAACUGGUAUGUGAACGGAUGUAAUGAAUUUAUUUAUUCUAAUUUAACAAAAAUACCAAUUGUGCAAAUUCUAUAUUUAAAAUGUUUUUUGCUAUCAUCUGUCUCUCUCUUUCUUUCUCUUUCUUUUAAUUUAUGCUUCAGAUUUGUGUUGAAAGUACGCCUUGUGAGUUUACAUAACGUAUGGCACUGGUUAUUUUUUGUAUGUUUUUAUUUAGAAAGCUUUCUGCAUGAAACAGGAGUAUAUGUGUAUACAUGUGUACACACUGUAUAGAUGUAUAUUCUUUUUCUGCUACCAUCUUUUUUAGAGAAGUUGUGGAUUUUUAAUUUUGUGAAACCUCAUGCUCAAAGCUCCUUGUUACAGUUUCCUUCUAAAGUCUCUCAACCAGCAAAUCACAGAGGUCUGUGGACCAACAUACUAGCUCCUAAAGAAGUCAAACAACAGACUGUUUUCACAUAGGUGCAUACAAUUCAUGCUACAUGCCUUGCUAAUUUUCCAUUGAAGUCGGUAGGAGUCCUCUCAUUUGCUUCAGUGGGAGCAAGUUCAGGCUUGUAGUGAGACCUCUAUACGUGAAUGAAGUUUCUCUGAGUUGUCAGGGUGGCAAGCGAGUAUUCUCUCAUGUAGUUUUAUAUUUAAGUGAAACAUGAUAAAGAAAUUCUUUUGUGUGUUUCUUCAAAAAUAUGUAUGAAAUGAUACAUGAUUUAGUUUGUGAUGACUGAACCAUUAAAAAGAAUACUUUUUCAGUCUUUCCACUAUUUUUAUAUAUAUAAAUAUAUAUAAAAAAAAAAUCAAAAGCCCCAUUUGGAAGGCUUUGCAGUGUUUUACUUCAUUGUAGUCUAGCUCUUUGCAUCCUGUCAAGCAAGCUGAAACACAAAAAAAAGCCAGCCAACUGUGUUUUCCCAGUGUCUCCUGAAAAAUAACAAUAUCUAGUUACUUCUACUUUUCAUCCAGUCCCGCUUCUGUUGAACUCAAGGGAGCUCGUCUUGGGCCCCAUGUGAGGAGGAAAAAAUGCAGUAUAGACAAACCUACAGCAUUUCUAUAGUCAAUUUAUUUAACAAUACUGAUGACUUCUCUAACCAUUUCACCUUAAGGGCAGUACUACUGAGAGCAAAUAACCUAUUUCACACUAGCAAAAGGUACCUUACUCAUCACUGCCCACAGUCACCCAGGUUAAAUUCCAGCUCAAACCCCUGUGCCCGGCAUUUGCUGCUCUCUAGGCACUAUCCAAGACCCAGAGCCAGCAGUGAGGCUUUAGAUGAAAUUAUAGCAUCCAGUGGCUGAUGCUUCCUCACUUAGGAUGCAAGACCCGUGCCAGAAUGCCAGGAAAUUGCUGCGAGCCUUGACUUUGAUGAUCCUUAGGGCAGGCUCCAAAUAGGAUUUGUAAGGAUGAAACAUUAAUUAUUAUGAGUUUUCAGCAAUAUGUUUAGGUGAGUGUUUCUCCUCAUGUUAACGAAUGCUGUGCUGUUCUUUGUCACUGAGGAGGAAGGAGCACACAGCACUAGCCAAAAUCAGAUCCUCUUAGCAUGGCCUGCACUUUUCAGGAAAAACACAGAGUUGCUGAUUUUGAGGGGUUUUGUCCCCCACACACCUUUUUUUUUAAUUAACUGAUCAUUUUUUAUAGAGUUGCCAAAGUGUAUUGUUGCAUUCAUGCUUGGAAACGUUUUCGAGACUUUUUUUUUUUUUUUAACUAAUGAUACGCUGAAUACUAGCUUGCAUAGUAAAACUAGUUUGACAUUCUUAUUUCAAAAAACAUUGUAAAUGCAAGUAUUCCUCAUUUUAGCAUGUCCACCUGUAAUGACUCAUAGCAUGAGAGAAAUUGUCAGGUUCUCAGCUGGCAUCACAAAAUGUAGCUCUGGGGUUUAGACCAUUUUAUUACCAGUGCAAGUUUUCAGUGAUAGCAUAUAAAGUUUAAAAGACCCCGAACAGAUCUGUAGUCUUCCAAGCGAAUGACGUAAGAACUUCUUUCCAGAUAGGCUGUACCGAACAUCUGGGUUCUGUGCAGCGGAGUUACAGGUCGAAACCAAAACUCACAAGGUUGUUUGCUCUCCAAGUCAUGCGUAAAGUUUCAUGGUAGCUGUAGGGACAUUAGUCAUUUCUGCGUACAUCAGCUAAAAUCUUGCGUAGUCAAUAUUGAAGUAUAUACAUGGACAUGUAGAACUUUACUGUGGCUAUAUAGAAAUGCAUAUUUUUUGUGUGUGCUUGUGUAUACAUGUAGAUAUACACACACACAUGCACACACACACAAACGGGUAUUUGGGUCUCCGUUACUCUCACUCACAGGGCAAAGUAGUUACACUGGUUUUAGUUACACCUAUGUAAAUUCAGAGUAACUUCAUUUCAUCAUUUGACUUUGCAGGAGCUGCUUCAGACUUAUACCACUUUAAAUGACAGCAUAAUUUGUCCUUUAAUUUAUAAUAACAGGUUUACAUGAUUUAUCACAUGAACUGUGAAAUUUUCAGUGAAACAGUUUAUCGUAUGAAAUGUAUUCAAUGACAGUCAAGCAUAUAUCCGUUGCUACAAUCCCAUUAGAUACAGGAAGUCAUAUACUGAAUUCAAAUGAGAUGGAGACAGUGUGUACCCCUGUAUAGCAAUAAAUCCAUUUAAUUUCUACUGCCAGGUCAUCUGCCUAACAUCAGGUAGGAUAAAACCAAGAGAGGUAUUGCAGGGAAGACUAAAGGGAAAGCACAACAUUUAGAGUUUAUUUCGCGUCCCUCUUUGUACACUCUGUUGGUGUCAGCAUACUCUGGAAAGUGUUACAUUGUGCAUUAUAGAUAACUUGGCUGAAAUACCAAUACUCUUUGAAAAACUAAGAUGUCUCACAAAACUUAUUUUUGUUUUGAUAAGUGUCUAAUCAAAGAGAAUUAACAUUUUUAGAGCACUACUAUGUCAGCCAGUUUACACCAUAAAUAAUAUGUUAUGCUAAAUAUAAAUUCAUUUGAACUGAAUUGUACAAGGUCUGCACUGUACUAUGACACAUUGAAGGCCAAUAUUUUGUUUUGUAAACUAUUACAUAUGUAUAAUUUACCAGUUGUAAUCUUAAAACAUUCAAUUCUGUGAUUUCAGUAAAAGUAAUAAAUAUAACCUGUAUCAUAGGUCCAAAUA